AUGAAAGUGGUACUACUUGCUAUUUUGUUGUGUAUUGUUAUGUCUGCCAAGUUCAUUGACACACAAAGUCUUCUUCUCUACAAUAUCACAACAAUAGCAGGAGGUGGUUCUGUUGUGGGCGAUGGUUUACUUGCUACUAAUGCUCAAUUAGCAAUCCCUGCAGGCGUUGCAAUUAGCUCUAUUGGUGAAAUAAUAAUUGCUGACUCCAAUAAUAAUAGAAUUCGUAAAAUAAGUACAAAUGGCUACAUUUCAACGAUAGCAGGAACAGGAAGUGCAUCAUUUGGUGGUGAUGGUGGACUGGCCAUUAAUGCACAAUUAAAUAGUCCUUCUGCUGUUUCUAUUAGCUCAAAUGGUGAUAUGUAUAUUUCGGAUACGGGCAAUCAAAGAAUUAGAAAAAUCAGUACCAAUGGAUAUAUCUCAACAAUUGCAGGAAGUGGAACUGGAGGAUACAGUGGAGAUGGCGGAUUGGCCACAAGUGCUCAAUUAUAUUAUCCCAAGGGAGUAGCUAUCAGUCCAAGCAAUGAAAUUUAUAUAGCUGAUACCUAUAACCAUAGAAUUCGUAAAGUAAACACAAAUGGAUAUAUCUCAACUGUAGCAGGAAGUGGAACUGGAGGCUACGGUGGAGAUGGUGGAUUGGCCACAAGUGCUCAGGUAAACUAUCCAUUUAGCGUGUCAAUUAGUUCUACUGGUGAAAUUUAUAUUGCUGAUUAUUACAAUCAAAGAAUUCGAAAAGUUACAACAUAUGGUUUUAUCUCGACUGUGGCAGGAAGUGGAACUGCUGGAUACAGUGGAGAUGGUGGAUUGGCCACAAGUGCUCAAUUAUAUUAUCCGCUUGGUGUGUCAAUUAGUUCUGCUGGUGAAAUUUAUAUUGCUGAUUAUUACAAUCAUAGAAUUCGAAAAGUUACGACAUCUGGGUACAUUUCUACAAUUGCAGGAACUACCUAUGGUUUCAGUGGAGAUGGUGGAUUGGCCACAAGUGCUCAGUUGUACUAUCCCAAUGGCGUUUCAACAGGCUCCAAUGGUGAAAUAUUUAUAGCUGACACAUACAAUUAUAGAAUUCGUAAAAUUAAUACCUCUGGUUACAUUUCUACAAUUGCAGGAACAUCAAGCUUUGGAAACAACAUACCUGCUACCGGCGCCAACAUAGCACCAACUGGCUCCCCUACUCUUAACAAUGGUAAAAUUGUAUUUGCAGACACCUCUGGCCAAGUGAGGCAAGUUGACCUUACUACUAAUAUUAUUUCUACCCUAGGUGGAACUGUUGGAUCUACAACAAUAGUACAGGCAUUCUAUAAUCCAACAUGCGCAAAGUAUUACAAGACAGAUUUAUAUAUUCUCUACUCUAACUACUAUUUAGACAAGGUCACCUCAGUUGCCAGUAAGGUUGCAGGUACUGGUACUUUAAAUGGAUACGGUGGAGAUGGUAACCUUGCAACAAGUGCAAGAUUGAAUUAUCCUUAUGGUACUGCAUUUAGCUCAAAUGGAGAUAUGUAUAUUGCAGAUACAAACAAUAAUCGAAUUCGUAAAGUUACAACAUCUGGAUAUAUCUCAACUGUAGCAGGAAGUGGAACUGGGGGAUACAGUGGAGAUGGUGGAUUGGCCACAAGUGCACAAUUAAAUUAUCCAAGAUCAGUUGCAAUUAGCUCAAGUGGAGAGAUUUAUAUUGCUGAUUUCAAUAACCACAGAAUUCGUAAAAUUAACAUCUCUGGAUAUAUCUCAACAAUAGCAGGUACUGGAAGUGUAGGAUACAGUGGAGAUGGUGGAUUGGCCACAAAUGCACAAUUAUAUUAUCCCCAAACAGUUGCAGUCAGCUCAAGUGGUGAAAUUUAUAUUGCUGAUGCCUAUAACCAUAGAAUUCGUAAAAUUAACACCUCUGGAUAUAUCUCAACAAUAGCAGGUACUGGAAGUGUAGGAUACAGUGGAGAUGGCGGAUUGGCCACAAGUGCUCAAUUAUAUUAUCCAUUUAGUGUGGCAAUUAGUUCAGUGGGUGAAAUUUAUAUCGCUGAUACCUAUAACCAUAGAAUUCGUAAAAUUAAUACCUCUGGUUACAUUUCCACAAUUUCAGGAACUGGAAGUGGAGGAUAUAGUGGAGAUGGCGGAUUGGCCACAAGUGCACAAUUAAAUUAUCCAUUUAGUGUGGCAGUUAGUUCAGUUGGUGAAAUUUAUAUAGUUGACACCAAUAACUAUAGAAUUCGUAAAAUUAAUACCUCUGGUUACAUUUCCACAAUUGCAGGAACUGGAACUGGAGGAUAUAAUGGAGAUAGUAUUUUGGCCACAAGUGCACAAUUAAAUUAUCCUUAUGGACUCACAAUAAGUUCAACUAGUGAAAUUAUUGUUGCUGAUUAUUACAAUCACAGAAUUCGUAAAAUUAACACCUCUGGUUACAUUUCAACAAUUGCUGGCGGUUUUGGUGAUGGAGAUAUGGCCACCACAAGUUUCAUUUCAGCUUAUUCAUUCGAGUUCACUUUAAAUGGAGAAAUUAUUAUAGCUGAUUCAAAUAAUCACAGAAUUCGUAAAAUUACAACAUUAGGAUAUAUUUCCACAAUUUCAGGAACUGGAACUGCUGGAUAUAAUGGAGAUGAAAUUUUGGCAACAAACUCUCAAUUGAAUAAUCCUAACGGAAUUGCACUAAGUUCCAAUAGUGAAAUUUAUAUAGCUGAUACCAAUAACCAUAGAAUUCGUAAAGUCAAUGCAUCUGGUUACAUUUCAACAAUUGCAGGAACUGGAACUGGAGGAUAUAAUGGAGAUGGUGUUUUGGCCACAAGUGCACAAUUAAAUUAUCCUAAUGGAAUUGCAAUUCAAGAAAAUGGUGAAAUACUAAUUGCUGACAAUAAUAAUCAUAGAAUUCGUAAAAUACGCACAAAUGGCUAUAUUUCCACAAUUGCUGGAAGUGGAAUUGGUGGAUUUACUGAUAAUACUGUAGCAACAAGUGCUCAAUUAGAAAAUCCCUUGGGGGUUGCAAUCGGUUCAAACAAAGAGAUUUUUCUUACUGAUUCGACCAAUAAGAGAAUUAGAAAACUUAUCCCUUGGUGCUCAGAAAAUGGCAUUCUAAUUAAUGGAACUUGUGAAUAUCAAUGUUUUGGAGAAACUAAUAAGAACUCAACUGUUUGCUCUGGAAGAGGAAACUGUAUUGGGAAUGAUCAGUGUAAUUGCACCACUCCUCAAUACUUCGGUUCAAAAUGCAACCAAUUUUAUUGUUAUGGACUAUUGAACGCAAUGUCAAAUGUUUGUUCGUCCCAAGGUAGCUGUAAUUCUCCUAAUAAUUGUACAUGCUUUAAAGGGCAUUAUGGAGAAACUUGUCAAUAUUUUUACUGUAACUCUAUUCCAUUCAAUUCCAGUGCUGCUUGUUUAGGUAGAGGUUCUUGUAUCUCAUAUAAUAAUUGCACAUGUCAACAAGAUUAUGCAGGCAAUGAUUGUCAAUAUUUUUAUUGUGGUAAUCGUCUGAAUAAUGAUGGUACAGUGUGCUCUGCACAUGGAAACUGUAUAUCUCCUCAUAAUUGCUCUUGCGACAGUGGUUUUUAUGGAAGCAAUUGUGAACAAUUCGAUUGUUAUGGCAUUAAUAAUUUGAAUGCAUCAGUUUGUUCCAGAAAUGGUUAUUGCUCCUCUCCAAAUAAUUGCAAAUGUGAUCUUGGUUAUUAUGGAAAUAGCUGUGAAAUGUAUAACUGUUAUGAUAUUCCAAAAACUGACCCAAGUGUUUGUUCAGGUCAAGGCCUUUGUUCUUCAUAUAAUAACUGCACUUGUCAACAAAAUUAUUCAGGAGUUAAUUGCGAAAAUUUCCAUUGUUAUGGAAUAUCAAAAAUAGAGUCUACAGUGUGCUCAUCACAUGGAACAUGCUUAGCGUUGAAUAAUUGUUCUUGCAUUGAUGAAUAUUUUGGAAAUAAUUGUGACCAAUUUAAGUGUUAUGGUGUUAACUUUAUGAACAAUUCAGUUUGUUCAGGAAGAGGCCAAUGUAUUUCGCCAAACUAUUGUAAAUGUGAUCUUGGUUAUUAUGGAAAUAAUUGUGAAAUGUAUGAUUGUUAUGGGUUGUCAAAAAAUAAUACCAAUGUAUGCUCAGGUCACGGUACGUGUAUUUCAUUGAAUAACUGUACUUGCAGAGAUGGAUAUUAUGAUUCCAAAUGUGGUUCAUUUAACUGUGCUGGAGAAAAAUUUAUAGGCCAAAACCUUUGCCAAAAUAAUGGCUCUUGCACUGGUCCUGGUAACUGUGAAUGCCCUAUUCAGUAUGGAGGUGCUAGAUGUGAAUAUUUCAAAUGUUAUUCAUUUACAUCCAAUGAUCCUCAAGUAUGUGGAGGUCAUGGAACUUGUUAUAAUUAUAACCAUUGUACUUGCUCUCAAAAUUGGUUUGGAAAAGAUUGUUCAGUCACCACUUGUUUUAGUACACCUUCUAACUCUAGCUCUGUAUGUGGUGGAAGAGGUAAUUGUACUGAUUAUAACCAAUGCAGUUGCAACAUUGGAUAUAGAGGUAAUGAAUGUGAACAUACUGUUUGUUAUGAUAAGAUUGAAAGUGAUAGUUCUGUAUGCUCUGGAAAAGGUUUAUGUCUAUCACCAAAUAAUUGCACCUGUGAAACAGGUUUUGUUGGAAGUGAGUGUCAAUACCAUGAAGUAUAUUUAAAUACGUCAUCCGCCAUUAUUUUUUCUUUCCAUAACAGUCUAAUGAAGUUAUUACCAAAUGAGAGUGAACAAUUUUCGUGUUCUGACAUUUUUGAAGAAUCAGAAAUCGACAAAUUUGGAGAAAGUUCCUCUUUCAUCUGCCAAUGGAGAAGAAAAUCAUUACAAAUUCAUCUUGGUUUUGAUUAUGCUAUUGGUCAUAACUCUAUCAUUCAAACUAAGUUUAACUUUUCAUUGAGAGUUUAUACUUUAUCCAAUGAAGCUUCAUCUCCAACUUGUUCUUUUGGAUAUUCAUUAACUGAAACUUCUCCCUUAUUAGAUAUAGUGAUACGUUUGAAUUGUGAUGACAAUUUUCAUGGCUUCAAGAAAUUGAGAACUGAUUGGUCGUGUGAUCAAUGCACAAACAGCGUUUCAUCAUUAUUGAACAACUAUUCAAAUAGAUCAUCCAUUUAUAUCCCUAUUUCAUAUAUGAAUAGUUUGACUCCUAUUCAAGGUUAUAAGAUUAUUAACUUACAAACUUCUUUUUCAUCAGAGAUUUAUUCUACAAAAUCCAUCAACAAGGAAGUUAAGGUUCAAUCCUAUGCAAAAUCAUUACCUCCAAGUUAUUACUGGCUAAGUGAUAAUUAUGCUGGAAAGACAUAUUCAUGUAUUGCUCAUAAUUGCAUUUUAGAAACUUCUUUAAAUAGUUUAAACUCUUCUAUUUCUUAUUCAUUCUCUGGAUUUUUCAGUUUAUUGAAUAAUGACCUAAACUCUAAACAAAUGGUGAGGAUGAUUAAUGAUUAUUCUGGUGGAGUUUUAGAUAGCGAAUUUAAUUCAAAUAUGCAAGUAUUUGGUGUUCAGCUAAAAACAUAUGUUUACUUACCAUUAAGCAUUGACUCUUUUAAAUAUUCAACAUUUACGAACUUGGAUUUUGUUAUGGCAGGUGUCAAUAGAACAUAUUCGAUCAACUCAGAUAGUCUGGUGACAGUUACAUUGGUAACUGAUGAUCCAUACAUCUCAAAAUAUACUCUAAGCGAUUAUUUGGAAUACACUUGGAAAUGCUACAUGGUUUCUUCUUCAAAUAGAUCUCUUCUUUUGACAGAUAAUUUAUGUUCUUCAAUUGAAAACACUAGAUCUUAUCUUAUGUUAGACAUUACGAAAAUGUCUUUAAAAGAAGGUUCAUAUGUAAUAUCUGCUUCGAUUUCCUCUACAAAAUACUUUGUCACAACCGUUUACAACUAUGCAGGUUUUAUUGAAUUGUUGGAUAUUUCCAACGAAUCCCCUAAAAUAACCACAGACUACUUGCCUGCAAUCACACCUUCUCAUAAUAAUAUUUAUUUAAGAAGUGUGGUAAACUCUUCCUCAGAGGUUUCGUUUGCUUGGAACCUCAAACAUGGUUAUUUGAAUGUUGAUGAAAACAUAGAAGAUUUUCUCCAAAGAAACACAAUUUACACAAACAUCAUUGACAAUAACGUUGAAAUCAUUUUGAACGUUGAUAACAAGUACAUCAUUCCAGGAGAAUCGUAUGAAUUCGAAUUAUCAACUAAAAAUUCAAAAGGUUAUGCUAAUGUCUCCAUUUCAACAAGAGUUGACUUCUCCCCACGAUUGUCAUGCGAUGUCGAGAAUUUGAAGAAUGAUGCUAAUAUUACCAGUUUUGAAUCAUUGAUAUCCAUUACUUGUGUAAAAUUACCAUACGAAAGUAUUUCGAGUUUUGUGAUGGAAUUUUAUUCACAAAAUGAAAGAUUGGGAGUAAUAUCUAAUACUCCAAAGAAAUCCUUAGUUACUAGAGUUCCUUAUUAUGCACAAGAUGGAAUAAUUACUUUGGUUGUAAAACUUCAAAACUUGUAUGGAUCUAUUGGAGUAUUUAGAAAGAAUAUCAAGAUUGGAUUACCUAAUUAUUUGUCAAAUGACAAUACGAUUAUUUCCCGAGUUACUUACUCCCUAAACCAAUUCCAAAAUAUUAAGAAUUCUCAACCAGUCAAGAUGGAAGUUUCAAAUGAAAUCAAUACUUUACUUUCUCUAUUAAUUCAAAAUGAAACUCUCUCGAAAUUCUCUGAGAAUGUUGUAAAGCAAUUGAAUUCAGCUCAAUUAACUUCAUUCAAUACCAUGCUAAGAGAAAUGAUCAUAUUAACGAAGAGUUUACAAGAUAUUACAUACAGGGUUGAUGAAAGAGUCAUUCAAUUGACUUUGCCCGUUGUCAGCAAGAUUUGUAAUAUUUUAAAAAUAACUCUGGACACUUCAUCAUUAUCUUCAUUCGCUCUUGAUGUAGAAAAAUGGUUGGAUUGGAUUUAUUCUGGAAUGGACAAAGCGCUUAAUUAUUAUCAAACCAAUAUUUACAAAGACUUACUUGAUAACUAUCAUUUGCAAGAAAUAGAGUCAUUACAAAACAUUCUUUCAACUAUUUAUCAAAGUAAUUUCGAGCAGCAAUACAAGUUCUAUAAGUAUAAUUUACAAUACAUCAAGCUGACUGGAAGCAAUACUGAUAAUUCAAGCCUGGUGGAAAAUAUUGAAUAUUCUAAUUUAUUGAAUGCCAAGGCUAUCUCUCUCUCAAUUUCCAACUUUAAGGUGGACAUGAAAUUACCUAAUGAUUUUACGAACCAAAUUUCUUUGCAAUCUAAAUCUAAACUAUUCUAUUCUAUCAGAUCAUUUAGUAACACUGGAGCUACAAAUCUUUUACAAGAAAAACCAGUGGUUGAUCUAUCUCUGUAUGACGCCUCUUACAAUAUUAUUAACGUCAAAAAUAUCAAUCCACCAAUUGUCUUCAAAUUCCAAGGAUUAAUUACCAAUAAUAAGACUGGCAUCAAUACUACUUGUAUAUAUUAUGACACAACUCUUUCAAAAUGGUCUACUAUUGGGUUGGAAACAUACACCACAAUAACUAAAAGAACAGACGAUUUUAUUUACUUCGAUAUGGAAUGUCGUUCCAGUCACUUAUCAGUCUUUUCAGUUCAAGAAGUUGAUUAUAACUCUCCUAUCACACCUAUUACCGCUAUAUCAUCUAAUAGAUCUAGUAGAGAUGAAUCAUCAACCAUUUUAACAAUUAUAUUAUCAACAGUUUUACCGAUUAGCCUUUUAAUACUUGUUUUUAUCAUUAUUUUGGUUGUUUUCAUGAUCCUUUUAUUUAGAAAUAAGCAAAAGAAAGCAAAUGAACUAGCAAAUACAACCAAUAUUGAACUAUCAAUAUCAGACUUCCCAUCUGAAGGAAGUAUGUUUAUUCAACCACUUACAAGCAUUUCUUCCAAUGGAACUGCUUCUGAAUCCUUCAAUCCUCUCUCUAGAUAUUCUAAUCUGGUAAGAAUUGGACAAGGAUCUUUUGGAUCUGUGUUUAAAGCAUUUGAUAACAAGUCCGAUUCAGUCAAGGCAAUUAAGGUUAUUCGAUAUAAUUCAAUGGAAGAAUUGAACAAUUUUAUGAAAGAAGGAACUCAAUUAAUGAAUGUUAAACAUCCUUACAUUUUGAGAGUUAAUGAAUUCUUUGUGAGUAAGGAUCAAUUACUUUGUAUAGAUAUGGACUUUUAUGAACUAGGAGAUUUGGUCCGAUUGACCAAUGUUGAUUUUGACUGCUCUGAAAAAUUAAUUAAGCAAAUAAUUUUCCAAAUGUGUCAAGCUCUUGAUUACAUUCAUAGCAAUAUGAAAAUAAUUCACAGAGACAUCAAACCAUCAAAUAUAUUUGUAAAAAGUUUGGAAAAUGAUAACAUUCAUAUCAUUGUUGCAGAUUUUGGGUUAGCUAAAGCAAAUACUACAUCUACAAACAAUUCUUAUGCAGGUACUCCUAUUUUUAUGGUAAGUUUCUUUAAUUCUUCAUUAAUUAUUAACAAGUUUAGUCUCCUGAACUUGGCUUAG